UCUAUACUAUGUUAAGUUUGUCAUUUUUGUUCUUAAAGAAACGGGGAAAAUAUUACAAAAUGUAUUUAACUUUGUUAAAUGGCACCGGCUAUGUUUUCGAUUUGGAUGAUUACAUGGAGCUGCGCAUGAAAUACCGCAUUGUGGGCGCUCUUGUGGGAACGGCCAACAGCAAAGGUUGGAGCUCCAGUGAAGCAGCUCUUCCCGUAGAGCUAACUAAGUGCGAGACGCAGCUGCUCAUUGAUGAAGGCUUGGCCAUCCUGGUCAGCAAAGCCGCAUGCUUAAUGAAAUCUCCGACUCCAGAAAUCUUGCAGGAAUAUCAAGAAGAUUUCGCGGCACGCCUAAUGGCGCAAGCAGAUGCUUUGAAGGCGGAAAAGCUGCGGGAAACCGAACGCCAUGUUGACAAAAUCCUCAGCGGCAAGCGCAACAAGUUGUUGAAGCAGGGGAAAUCGGAUGAGGCUGCUGCACUAAUGCCCCAGAGCGUGAUCCAAGAAGUCGCAAAUAAUUUCGAGUUCGAUCAUCAAAAUGCGCUCGUGGAGCUGCCUUGUCCGCAUCUGGAUAAGCACACUGCCCAACUAUGGACUACUCCGAUUUGCGACCGCGACUCGCUUAAAUAUCGGGUUUUUCGGGAUCUCUGGAGCCGUGGCAAGUUCGUUACUUGUGGCGAUGCCUUUGGCGCCGACUUCUUAAUAUAUCCCGGAGAUCCUCUGCUCUACCACGCCUCCCACAUUGUCAUCAUCCAGUCAUCCCCUGCAAUACGUCCCCUGGAGCUGAUUUCCAAGGUCCGCUUGUCAGUCAUUGCCAAUAAGAACUGUGUGUUUGCCUAUGAGGCAGCUGAAGGAAAGACCGUCGUUUACCAAACAGUCGCCUGGUGCAAUCCCAGCAAAUAGUUAAGCAAUCUACAGAGUAUUGGACGCACCAUGGAUAGAACUCUCCCUGGUAUUUUCUCUCUCCCCGCUGGCAGCGAGUCCGCAACAACGCAUUGCUCGUUUCUGCUCUUAAGCGGGACUUGAUCUGCAUAAAAAUAGGGUCGAGCUGUGUUUGGGAGUGUGUCACAGAAACAGGUGAUUGCCUGAAACUGGCGCUCGAAGAGUAUCUGUAUUUCGUAAGAGCGAACCGGCAUCUCUCAGGAUCUUUCGAUUAUGGAAUAUUUAUAGCCAUUCAUAAGUACUUAUCAAAAUAACGAUCACAGCGGAAUUAGUAUCACCUCUACAUUAUU